AACCGUUUCCCUCGGGUGUAAAUAUCAAAGAUCAGAGGAUAUAGCUUUAAGUUGAGCGGGGCAAAGUUUAAAGAAGAUACAGUAUAUGGGGCAAGUUUUUUACACAGAUGCCUGGAACAUGCUGCUGGGUCUGGUGCUGGAGGCUGAGAUAAUAAUUGGGUUUAAGAGGAUUCUAGAGAGGCAGAUGUGGGGAAUGGAGGAAUAUGGAUCAUGGGCAGGCAGAGGAGAUUAGUUUAACAUGGCAUCAUGUUGGGCAUGGACAUUGUGGGCUGAAGGGCUUGCUCCUGUGCUGUACAGUUCUAUAUUCUAAAACAAGCCAGCGAGAUCUUUCAACUCUGAGCAUCACAGGAGUCCGAUUAUUAAGUCACGGGCAUUGUCUCCGUGACAACCGCUAGGCCGCAACACAUCGAGCAACAUGUAGGUCAGGACUACAUCGAGCAUUUCAACCCUUCGCUUGUUCAUUAUCUCAAAUCGUGAAUUUUCAUUUAUUCCCCCCGCAGCCUUGGGCAAUAAUUGCGCUGAAAAGGUUCUGAAGGAUGAGUCGCUGGGAAGGGGAGGAGCGGACGAAGAGGCCGUGACUGAAAUAAAUGGAAGGCUGCUUUGCUGCUGGAACCCACCCGGCAUGGUCCAGCCCAGCAGGGAGAGCUUCCAGUCCAGCCUGUCUUCAUCCCCGCACUGCCAGUCCGAACCACAAAUCUGUGGAGAAUGUUAAGCACGUUCUGGGAUAAUCUCUGGAAUUCAUCAGAAAACAUCUUGCAUCAUAAGUUGAAAAACAAUCCGUACUACCCGUUCACAAUCAGGCAACCCCACGUCUACGAGCUCAACUACAUGAACCAUAAUCUAGCCAUCGGAAUAUUUUUGGUAAUAAGUUCUUUCUGCACAUACACCAUUUGCUUGUUUAAAUCUCUUCCGGGCAGCAUCCAGUUGUCUGGCAUCUUCAUCUUCAUCUUCCUCCUGGGAGCUUGGCUCAUCGUCACAUCCGUUGGCCGCCGGAGCCUCAUCAUCGACCUGAUCGAGGACAUGUACGAGUUCUACAUCUACCGCUACCUCAUGCACAAGGGACCUCUGGGGGAGAUCUACAUCCGGCUCAAGUCUCAGAAGACGGGUCAGGGAGUGUUGUACUACAGACUGAUCCUGAAUGGGCCGCACAUCGAAGUACUCAAUCUAACCGGCAUCAGGCUGACCAUUAACUCAGAGAAACUUGAGAAGAUGGGACUGCGACUGGCUGCCAAGUUGAACCUGAACUACUUUGACUUCACCGAUAUAUCGCUCAGACACGUGAUUAGACAUUGGGUCGUAAUGAAGGUCUGAAGAGCCAGGAUGGGAGAUGGAGGCUCAGUCCGGAAUUAUACCCUAUCUGGAGCCGUCACACAUGGAGUUUCGAGCCCUAUCUCUCCUCCGCAUCACCCUCUUGCAGUUCCUGAAUUUAUCACCAAGGAAAUCUAUUCUACACUUUGGAGGAGUGACCUUUUUGUGGCCAUUUGGCCUCCCAUCACCACCGCAUAGUUCAAAAACCGAGAUUUUCUUGACUUUACAUUUUAUUUAACUAAAAGGUUGAUUUCACAAUUUUAUUUAGUAAUCAGCUUAUUAAGUUAGAAGUUGAUUGAUCACUAAAUCAAAAUGAGAGAGGGCAUAUUGAUGGAAAUAAACUGUUGAUUAAA